AUGAAGAUGGAAUGCAACCCAUACUACGAGGACGCACAAUGGUCCCUCUACCGAUACGUUCCCUCGAUAGCUGCGCCGAUAGCAUUUUGCGUCCUCUUCGCCUUAACCUCGAUCCUCCACGCCGUCCAGAUCCUUAAGACCCGAACAUGGUAUCUCUGCGCCUUGUUGAUCGGCGGCUUCUGUGAAACCAUCGGCUAUGCAACCAGGGCGGUGAAUGCCCGCGAAGAUCCGGGUUGUUGGACCCUCAACCCUUACAUUAUCCAGAACCUACUGAUCCUUGUCGCUCCGGCUUUCAUCGCGGCUUCGAUCUACAUGAUUCUCGGGAGGAUAAUUCUGUUAACUGAGGGGGAAGGCCAUGCCUUAAUCAAAAGGAAGUGGCUCACGAAGAUCUUUGUGGCUGGGGAUGUGGUCUCGCUAUUGAUGCAAGGAUCAGGUGGUGGGAUGAUGGCUGCAGGAAACGAAACGAACAACAUGGUAAGCCUCGGCGAAAACGUGAUCACGGUCGGCCUUUUCGUCCAACUCGUCAUCUUCGGCUUCUUCGUCAUCGUCGCCGGCCUGUUCCAGUACAAGAUGCAACGGCGUCCUACGACCAGGUCCCAGGAACCCGCCAUCCGAUGGAGGAAGUACCUCCUCACGCUCUACGUUACUAGCGUGAUCAUCUGGAUACGAUGUCUGUUCCGAGUUAUCGAGUACCUCCAGGGAAACGAUGGGUAUCUCAUGAGGCACGAGGCCUUUGUCUUUAUCUUCGAUGGGGUGUUGAUGUUUAUCGUGUUGGCUUGGAUGAAUUGGUUCCAUCCUGCAGAGAUUGGCUUGUUAUUAAGGGGCAAGGUGCCUGGGAAGAACGGACUGGAGCUCAUUUAUGUGUCUCCUCGGACUAAAGUGGAUGCUGAGUCGAGGGGCAGUUGGAGUGGAAGAGAUACUUGCGGCGACGGAGAUUCCUUCCAAGCUAAACAGGGGGCAUAG